AGAAAAUGUUGAUUUUGUUUACCAACGUUCUGGAAUGGGCACUACAGGGAUAGGAUACUUGUGGCUGAUUGUUUGUCUGGGGUGGCUUCCGGCGUUCAACGGCACAACCACUUCGAGCACACUGCUCGCAGCAAUAGCUGAUAGCUUCACCGUGUGCGGCGACACAUUUUGCCAUCCGGAAACUGAAGUGUGCCGGGAGGAGAGCUACUGCGAAUGCAAACCACACUUUGAAAAUGUAGGAUCAUUUGAAUGUUUGCCCUGCCCGGGCGAAGGACAGUACUGCCGCGGUUGCUGUAUCAGCGAUGCACUUACCUGUUAUCGUGAAGUUUGCCGCAGAUGUUCGCUGGAUAGUAAUGGAAAUUGCAUCAGCCAGGAGUCGUUGUUUUUCUUGACCGCUGCUCAAGUGGCGCUGGCAACCGCAAUGGUUCUUGGUGUGAUUUCCCUCAGCUUCCUGCUGUACAAAACACUUCGCAACCGUUUAAGACGAAACAAUCAAGUACUGGAAAGCGAAUUCCGCCAAUCUGUCGUGAGCCGUGUGUCCUUAUCAUCGAUACAACAGCGCGUCAUUAGGCGUUUACGCGAUCGUCCACCAAAGUACGAAACAAGACACAAUUAUGAGUAUCAACAGAGACAAACUGACCGACAAACAAGCCAGCAAAGUACAUCGACCGAAAACGUUCCACAGCACAAUAUCACACCGAUUGGCGGUCCGCCUCCAGCAUACGACGGAGAUACGCUUUCCCUUGCUGAAAACCCACCACCGUACAAUCAAGACCAGCCCGAUGCUUGCUCCCCAGCAGGAGCUGAGAUUGCCGUUAUCGAUAUUCCUUCAGCGAAUGCUUCUGAACUACCACAGUCGGCCGAUGUUGCGAACGAUCGUAAUACGAGCGCCGUCCAAGGAAUAGCGAAUCCUGCAUUCGAGCCGGAUAAGCCUACCUCACCACAUUCACAAAUCAUACAAUCCCCCAGUACCAAUGAAACUGAUGGACGUCCCAAGGAUGUAUUUUAUGAUAUUCCCCUAGUCAAUAGCAACGAUAAGACGGUCUACAUGUAAGCCGACCCGCGUUACCAUGGUAACAUAAGUCACAUUUUAACUAAGUACGUUGAGUGCUUUUUACAGAAACACUGUGAGGAUUUCAUAAUUAAUAUAAAAGAAAGCCGUUUGGCUUCCCUCGACGGUUCAAACAGCUCCGUGGUCGUUUUAUUUCACAUUACACUUGUUCGCCAUGUCAU